GAAUUGUCCUCAUAUUCUUCUUCUUAUCCAUCUCUCCAUCGUCGUUUGCAGCAGCGACACGAUUUGGGAUGGCCGACGGCCAGAGCGUCGCCAAGCGGCACGGUGUGGGCGUGGCCGCCGAGGAGGACCCUGGCCGCCACCGUGCCAUUUCCCCGGUCCAUGAGGUGGCGGAUGUCGACGACGAUAAGGCGCCUCGCCGGAGCAAGCGGGUGGCUUCCCUCGACGUCUUCCGUGGCCUCGCCGUCGCUCUGAUGAUACUGGUGGACGGCGCCGGCGGCGAGUGGCCGGUCAUUGGGCACGCGCCGUGGAAUGGCUGCAACCUCGCCGAUUUCGCCAUGCCCUUCUUCCUCUUCAUCGUCGGCAUGGCCAUUCCCCUCUCCCUCAAGAGAAUUCCAGACCGCGGUCGGGCUGUGAGGCGAGUAAUAUUAAGGACAGUGAAGCUGCUUUUCUGGGGGAUCUUGCUGCAAGGUGGUUACUCCCAUGCUCCAGAUGACCUGGCUUAUGGAGUUGACAUGAAGCACAUAAGAUGGUGUGGUAUUCUUCAGAGGAUUGCCCUUGCAUAUUUGGUAGUUGCGGUCAUAGAAAUUGCAACAAAAGAUGCCAGGGUUCAGGAUCAGUCAAGUUCAGGCUUCUCAAUUUUCAGGCUGUACCUUUCCCAGUGGAUUGUUGCAUGUUGCAUUCUUUUGAUCUACUUGUCCCUUGUUUACGGGAUUUACGUUCCGGACUGGGAGUUCAGAGUGCGAAAUGUUGACAGCCCAAACUACGGCAAAGUUUUAACGGUGACGUGUGGUACAAGGGGAAAUACGAGCCCUCCUUGCAAUGCUGUAGGUUACAUCGACCGUAAAGUUCUCGGCAUCAAUCACUUGUACCAGAAACCUGCAUGGAGGAGGCACUGGGCAUGCACUGAUGUUUCUCCACACGAGGGACCUUUCAAAAAGGAUGCCCCAGCAUGGUGUGCCUCACCAUUUGAACCUGAAGGGUUACUAAGCUCAUUUUCAGCGGUGUUAAGUACGGUCAUCGGGGUACACUAUGGACAUGUGCUUGUUCAUAUGAAGAGUCACAUGGACCGGCUAAAGCAGUGGCUGGCCAUGGGCAUAGCUCUCCUUGUUCUUGGAAUCAUCUUGCACUUUUCACAUGCAAUUCCUCUGAACAAACAACUGUACUCAUUCAGUUACAUCUGCGUGACUGCCGGUGCUGCUGGCAUCGUGUUCUCCAUAUUGUACUUCCUUGUUGAUGUCCUGAAUCUGCGCUACAUCUUCGAGCCGCUGCGGUGGAUCGGCAUGAACGCGAUGCUGGUGUACGUGAUGGCGGCCGCGGGCAUCUUUGAGGGCUUCCUCAACGGCUGGUACUACGACGGCACCAACAACACACUGGUUUACUGGGUGAGGAAGCACGUGUUCGUGGGGGUGUGGCACUCAACCAGGGUGGGCAUCCUCCUCUAUGUCCUCGUCGCGCAGAUCCUGCUCUGGGCGCUCGUCGCCGGCCUCUUCCACCGUGCCGGGAUCUACUGGAAGCUUUAGCUAUCGAGGAACGUUAGCAUUCGAUAGUCUUCAAAAUAUCGGCAAAGAUCAGGUUGUUGUUCGUUUGUAGUUCCAAAACCUCUAUCGUGCAAACUUUAGCCUCCGAGCGGCGAUGGAGCGCGGUAGUUUCUUAUCAUGUUGCUACCUAAGACUGAACUUGGCUGUUGUUCAGUUAUCAAUCAAUGAUAGUGGAGCUCGGCCCCGUUUUCGGGGAGCCGCAGGAGAU